AUGAUGGCCAAUCACCCAACUCUUCGGCAUCAAUGCGACCCUGACGUCACGUUGGAUGUGAUGACGCUGCAACCAUCGCCCGCGGCUAUCGCGAUGAGCUUUGCCGCCAGCUUUUAUCGCGAUGCUCAGGCUUGCAAGGGAACGCAGGAACUGGCUCGGGUUCAUCGGGCCUAUCGCGACAAAAUACUUGCCCUAAACAAGCUCGCAGCAAAUAUCGCCGCCGCUUUCCGUCCGCUGCUUCGAAAUAGCUUACCUCCCUCCGAUGACAAUGGGAACGAUGCACGGCAAUGGGAUGAGUUCGAUGCGCUAGCGCAGAAGUUUCAAAAUUCGAGAGAUCGUGAGAGCCAGCACCUUCGCCAUCAGUCCGGAAUAAUCGCCAUAUGGGGCCCAGACAUCUUCCAGCACUACGGUUGGCAGGCUUUGCCGCUCGACCUGAUGCGAAAGUUGCAUGAUCUUGCCCUGUUAAUAUCUCGCUGGGAAGAUGUUGUACAUCUGCUCAAUUCGAGGAUGCUGGCGCGCCACGAACUAAGUGUGUUGCGGGGAAACAAUUAUGCCCAUCGCAUAGGCCAACAUUCCACCGGCUCCAAAGUGCAAGAUCCGUGGUCGCCGGUCGAGCGCAAGGACAUCUUGGCGGCGUUGGAUUGGGCACGCCAGAAAGCAGCGUCUGCGGAAGCUCGGGAACACAUUCAAAACCUUAAAGACUCGACCCGGAGUAUCAACGGAACCCCUAUCAAGGACUUCUGGUUGAAGCGCGACCGCUACGGCAUGGUUAUACCGGUCAUGGCCGACGACGCUUUAAGCCACGCUGUACUUUCCGACCGGCCGGCGAAGCGACUCAAACUGUCGACGACCGGUGCUUUCAGACCAUUGUUUCCUGAUGUGCCAGGCACACCGACGCCACUGGGUUACCAGAGUCUAUCGCGUACUAGGGAUACUUCAAGGGAUGUUUCGUCCCGGUCGACAAGCGUGGGCUUUGGAGAAGAGCAUGGAAUAGACGACGACACCGACAACAGUGAAGGUGGUCCGCAUGCUGGUGUUGGUAGUGUAGGGAGUUUUGACUCAACCGGCUUGCGCACAAAGGAGGGCGACCACGACCAAGAACAAUCUACCCGAACAGUCGACUCGCAAGCAUCCGAGUCUGAAGACGGACAUGGAGAGAAAGCAACGGGUGCGGGUGAAGAGCCUGUCCGCAGGCAAAUGGAGACAGAAGCGGAGGGACAAACAGCAAAGGGAGAUGUUACGGCUGGAAAAGAGGCAGAUCGAGAGGGUGUAGAUGAACGUGGAACGGAAGAAGAAGAAAUAGAAGAAGUGGAGACAGACGUAGAAACUGACGGGGCUAGCGGACGGGGAUCUGGGAAGGACGACUUUGGAGAGACCGGGAUGGCGGGAGAAGUGACAGAACAGGAGACGCUGAGACCACAUGUGGAACGACAGCAGGCAAAAGGAGCUGAGAGAUUUCGAAACGCGAUGAGAGCUGGAGGAACGGGAACCGUGAUGAUAGUGGUCGCCGAGUCUCCGCUUUAUGAAGCAGAGAACGGGAAAGUAGCUCAAGGGCAAGUGAAUACCUCUCAAGCAAACGACGUGCCUGGGGUGAACGCUACAUCCACUGCCGGGGAUGUGGAGGGAGGGCCAGACCUGGAAGCGGAGCGAAUGGAAGUGGAAGUUCACGCAGAAGAGGAAGACGAAGAGGGGGGAAGGGAGAUUCCAGAUGAAUGGGACAAGGACGAAUUGUUGGGAAUAGAGCUGGAGAGCGAAACAGAAACAGAAAUGCGGAAGGUAAGGGAGGGGGUGGAAGGAGACGAAGAAGCAGAAGUGAGGGAAGAAGAGGAAGAGGGAGAAGACGAGGAAGAUGAGGCAAAUCGAGGAAGCGCAGAAGCUCACAUUCAACUAUCAGACGCAUCCAAAGCUAUCGGUCCAGUCUCAAGCACGGAUACCUCAAUGAACCUGACAGCAUUGACAGCACAAGAGGGAUCAAAGCAGUUUGCUUCGGAUGUCCUACCUCAUGGGGGUACAAAUGCUGCACAAAUCCGCGAAGCUGACGGCUCAAGUUUAAAGCGAAAUGCAAAUAAUCGGGCGGCAACUUCUCGAGGAGCAAGGCAAGGCACAGAUCCAGAGACACUGCGCAAUGGCGGAGACUCGACUCGGAUAUUGGCAUCAUCGGCUCAAAUAAGUCGCAGUAGUACACUAUUUCAACACAAUAGGGCGGACGUGGAAUCCGCUAGCGCUAUACAAACCAGACAAGAUCUUUACGGAAACAGCGAGAGUGAUUUAUUCACGGUGGUUUUCCCGAGAACCCCAGUGGAAUCGGAGUUUCGUCUCCAGGAAAUUCCCUCCGAGGUCAAUACGGGCGUCAAUUCCAGCCAUAGCUCAGCACGUGCACCGAAUCCAAGCACUGCCUUCUUCCUUAACUCGACUGACUCCGAGCAAUGUCCUACUCCGGUUCCCGCUUCAUUUGAAACGGAUCGUUUGCCUCACAAUACUGGUGGUACCCAGACCGAGAGCCAUACUUUGUCGGGAACGCUACUAGAGUCAAUCCAGUCUCGCCAUUCAACAACGGUCCAAAGACUCGUGCAGGAAGCUAGCCGACCUCACCCAGAACCUAGCAUCAUGCAUCAGCGCCGUCUACAGUUAGACUGGUUGCGUCCACAGCGUUGGGCCAGCAUUUAUGCAGAACCAGAGGACUUGCUUGGCAAGAGCUCUGCGUCGUCUGAGGAGGCCGACAUCUGGUAUCUCAGCUGGGAUCGUUUCCGUCGCUACGCUGACAGCGGUUAUGUGUUCAGAUGCCCUGUAGUCGUGAAGCAGACGUUCCUGGAUAGCGGCAUGUAUAACCUCGAAGAAUACAUGGAGAUGCUGUGGCAACGCUUUCCUGAGCAGUCCGUGGAUGUCCAAAACAGUCAGACCGGUGUCUGUUCCCCAAUGACAAUCCCGGACUAUUGCUUGGCUGUCUCUAAGCUUGAUCUGACCUCAUCUGAUGCCAUUGCUCCUGUCAGCAAUGCCAUCAACUUGGGCCGUAUAGCAAGGGCUGACGAACCGUUGCUGACGAGACUGACCCGCUUUCGCCUACUGUCUACCCUUAUUGACCGUGCCAAUGGCAUGAUCGGGAAAAGGCUUCAUGGAAAACCAGCUGACAUUGAGAAUUAUCUUCAUUUCAAUCUCUUCGCAUUCUCGGGUGCUUUUUCCCGAUCACAAAUGGACUUCUCUGUUGGCACCUGGGUUCGCUGUCUGCUUGGCCGCCAAGUCUGGAUGAUUGCUCCCAACAUGGAUGCAGAUGAUUGGCAAAGUUUUGCUGAAAAAGGGUGCCACUGGUCGCCUCGAGGAAAAGGACGUAUCGUCAUCUUGGAACAAGACGACGUUCUGUUGAUGCCCCCUGCCUUACGCGUUGUUCAUUCUGUCUUCACUCCCGAGCCUUGUUUGCUGGAAGGGGGAGUCCUCUGGGACGAGUGCUGUAUUCCGGAGAUACUGGAAGGGUUAGCCUGGAUUGCCAAGAACCAGACCUGCACCAACGAAGCGAUUUCCAAUCCACUGCCGGAAUUAAUCAAUACGCUUGAACAGUGGUUCGACGAGAACCAUGCCCAUCUGCUUGAAGAGCAGCAAGUUUCGCAGUACCAGGACGCCAUCAAAGCCGGUAUCGCUACACUGCGCGCCUUGAGCUACGACUGCUACAACGGUUACAAAGCUCCAGGUAGCUGCAGGUGCAUGCGUCACGAACGCUGA